GAGUCCCGGACACGAUCCCAGUGGUUGGAGUUCAUCGAGUGACUGGCGCGACCAGAAACCUGUCUUGCCCAGUUGCCCUGCUGCCGACGCCCACCCGUGCAGCUAGCUUCUCGUGAGCCCAAACCAAAGGCUUCUUAUUCGAAUCAUGGUGCCACGGUGGCGAGAUGGAAGCGAUCGAAGGAAACAAACCGCAGUGGUUAGGAUACAGCUCAUGGGUCGCGCCGGUACCGCGCUGUCGCUGUUGCGGCUACUCGUCCUCCUCGUCGUCGUCGUCAUGUCGCCAUGGCAAGUUGCGGCGGGCAACUUGACGGUGGCGGGCGGUGGCGGACCGCGGGUGCCGGCCGUCCUGGUGUUCGGCGACUCCAUCGUCGACACGGGCAACAACAACGCCGUCCUCACGCUCACCAAGUCCAACUUCAGGCCGUACGGCCACGACCUCAACGGCGGCGUCCCCACGGGCCGCUUCUCCAAUGGCCGGAUCCCCACCGACUUGCUAGCGUCACGUCUCGGCCUGAAGGACCUGGUUCCGGCGUACCUUGGCACUGACCUCACCGACUACGACCUCCGCACCGGCGUCAGCUUCGCUUCAGGGGGCACCGGCUACGACCCUCUCACCUCCACUCUAGUGGCUGUCCUGCCGAUGCAGGAGGAGCUCAAUAUGUUCGCCGAGUACAAGGAGAAGCUCGCCGGGGUCGUCGGAGACGAGGCCGCCGAGGGGAUCGUUACCGAGAGCCUCUUCCUUGUCUGCGCCGGGACCGACGACAUCGCCAACAACUACUACCUCGCCCCCGUCAGACCCCUGCAGUACGACAUCUCGGCAUACGUUGAUUUCCUUGUUCAGCAGGCCUGCGACUUCAUCAAGCAACUGUACGAUCGGGGGGCCAGGAGGAUUGCGAUCCUGGGGCUCCCGCCGAUCGGGUGCUUGCCGUCGCAGCGGACCCUCGCCGGCGGGCUCGCCAGGGACUGCGACCCGGCGCGCAACCGCGCCGCUCGGAUGUUCAACUCCCGGCUGCAGGGGGUGGUCGCGCGGCUCCAGGGGGAGCUCCGGUGCCAGCGGAUCGGCUACGUGGACAUCUACGACGUCCUGCACGACAUGAUCACGGACCCCUGCAGGUACGGGUUCGACGUCUCGACGAGAGGGUGCUGCGGCACCGGGGACUUCGAGGUGUCGCUCCUGUGCAACCGGCUGACGGCGGCGACGUGCCCCGACGACCGGAAGUACGUGUUCUGGGACAGCUUCCACCCGACCGAGAGAGCGUACGAGAUCAUCGUGGACUAUCUGUUCCCGAGAUACGUAGAGAAGCUACUAUGAUUGUUGCUGCUGUUUUAUCAUGGCUACUAUUAUGAACUGAAAGUACUGAACUGGCCCAAUUGCUGCCAUCUCUUUCAGUGUCUCUGUAUGUGCUGAGGGGAGGGUGUGCUUGUUGUAUCAGUCCAGCAAGUAUAGUGUUAUGCUACGAUGUGCAGUGGGUGGAGAGAGAUAUUACACUGCUCCAUUCAACGAGUAUAUGUAUGAUUAAAUCUUCUAGGAAAUUCGAAAAGCGCAGAAUGGAUUUUCUAA